AUGCUGCCCUCAUUUGUAAUUCUCUCACUUAGCGCUCUGGGGAUUAGCACCAUAAUUGGAUUUUUCACCAAUGCAUUUAUUAUUGUGGCCCAUGGAAUGGACAGGGCUAAAGGUAGGAGCAUUAACCCGAGAGAACUGAUACUUUUUACCCUGGGCCUUUUCAAUAUUGCCUAUCUGUUCAGCAUGGCCGCCCAUGACUCUGUUCUCUACUUGUGGAGUGAUGUGUACUUUUCUGACAAUGUUUUUACCAUCUUCUCUAUUCUUCUGCUCUUCACAAUCUUCUCCAGCUUUUGGUUUACCUUCUGCCUCUGUGGAUUCUACUAUGUGAUGCUCGUUACAUUUGAGCAAACAUUCUUUUUGCGUCUCAAACAAAAUAUCUCUGAUGUGGUCCCCUGGAUGCUGUUCUCUUCUGUGCUGCUUUCACUCAUUAUCAGUGUUCCAGUUGCUUGGAAUAUUAACAAAGAUGAAUAUUUGAUUCAAUUAAAUGGUAAUCUCACUGACAACUCAACAGUGGAAUAUGGCACACCACAGAUGAGUCUUCAGUACCUGCUGGUAACCAGUAUUAUUGGUUGCUGUAUUCCCCUUAUCCUGGUGGCUGUUGCCAAUAUCUUGAUAAUCAAGUCCCUCUGUGUCCAUGCAAAACACCUUGGUAAGAAUGCCGGAGGAAUGAAUGUGCAGAGUGUUGAAGCCAGCAUGUUCAGGAGUCUUAUAGCGGGAGACUCCCGGAUUGUCCAGAGAGUUGAGAUGUCUGCUAAUGUUAGAUGCACAAGAGGAAUGUUUGGGAUCUUUGUGUCCUUACUCACAGCUCAGAGAGAGGUCGUCAGGGAGGCCCCUAUCUCAUCCCCAUGA